UGAAGUAGAGCCACAAAUGGCUGAAGCUUCCACGACCACUAGCGCCGGAUCAGCGUUGCAGCCAAUUGGAUCACUCGUUUUAAUUUCUACAUCUCUCUUUUUCUCCUUCCUUCCUUGCUGCUUUCUUGUUCUGCUCCGAGGAAUUUGGAGGCGGAAGGCGCCGGCGGCGAUGAAGAUCCAGUGCGACGUGUGCGAGAAGGCGCCGGCGACGGUGAUAUGCUGCGCCGACGAGGCGGCGCUUUGCGGCCGCUGCGACGUGGAGGUCCAUGCGGCCAACAAACUGGCCAGCAAGCACCAGAGGCUCCUGCUGGACUGCCUCGCCGCUCGGCUCCCUCGCUGCGACAUCUGCCAAGAGAAGGCGGCGUUCAUUUUCUGCGUGGAAGACAGGGCGCUCUUCUGCCGCGACUGCGACGAGCCGAUCCACGUCGCCGGAACUCUCUCCGGCGACCACCGGCGGUACCUGGCCACCGGAAUCCGCGUGGCCUCGAGCAGCUCGGAGAGCAAAGACGACCUCCGGAAGAUCACGAGCCCCCCUGAGCCGCCGAGCCCUCGGCCCGCCGUAGCCGUCAGGGAAGCCCCUUCGUUUCUGCACUCCUCGCCGUGGGGCGUUCACGAACUCCUUCAGCUCUCGGACUACGAGUCCGGCGACAAGAAGGAAUCUCUGGUUGGAUUUGGGGAGCUGGAUCCUUUUGCCGAUUUUGGUUUUCUGCAUGCUCAAAUCUCAGGCGGCGGCGGCCGCCACGCAGCCGCUCAAGUCCCUGAGCUCCCAAACUCCGGUGCAAAUUUUGCAGGGUACUGCAGGAAGAGCAAAGGCAGCAGCAGCAUUGCGCUCAAAAGGCCCAGGAUGGAACUAGUGUCCGAUGAAGAUGAUGAGUUCUUCACUGUCCCUGAUCUUGGGAAGGUUUAAUUAGCUACACUUGUUUGAAUUUGUUUUAAGGAAUACUUUAGACUCUUCCAUGUUUUGAUCUUGGAAAACAUAUUAUACCUACUGCAAUCAAGGUUGGGGAACUUUGAUUA